AUGUGCCACUUCCUUAUGUGUGGUUCGGUGCUGACAACCUCCAAGCCAACCUCUACAGACUCCUUCGUAUAUUCCAGAUAUUCCGCACCCAACAGCAAACGCUUUGAGACUGUCCUUGAGAACCUUUUCGGUGGCGGAAUAAUGACUUACUCAACAGGGCUAGCUGCUUUCCAUGCCAUCAUGGUUCUGCUGGUGCCCAAACGGAUCUUUCUCGGAGAUGGGUAUCAUGGAGUGCAUGGAAAUAUUGAUCUGAUGACGAAACUCACCGGAGUCAAGAAGCUGGGGCUUGAUCAGCUUGAUCAAAUUCAAUCUGGUGAUGUGAUUCACAUCGAAACACCUGUCAACCCAACUGGAGAAGCACGCAAUUUAUCCUAUUAUAGCUCCAUUGCUCGAAGAGCCGGCGCAUACUUGACUGUGGAUGCGACAUUUGGCCCCCCUCCUCUGCAAGACCCAUUGCAGUUUGGAGUUGAUGUGGUUCUCCACAGUGGGACGAAGUAUAUUGGCGGUCAUUCCGAUAUGAUGUGUGGAAUCCUUGUUGUUCAUCCCCAACGAGUCACUGAGGGAUGGGUUGACACACUUUAUUCGGAAAGGUUGGUGAUGGGAAACGUCAUGGGUAAUCUUGAGGGAUGGCUGGGUCUGCGAUCUCUCCGGACACUCGAUCUUCGUGUCACCCGACAAUCGCAAACCGCUGAGAGCUUGGUGAAUUGGAUCUACCAAGAGAUGCGGGACUCGACUUCUGUGGUCGGCCGCGUCGUUGAUGACAUUCGCCACGCUUCCCUGCAAGAUCAGGACCUGAGAGAUGGGUGGCUGCGGAAGCAGAUGCCUCGAGGGUUUGGUCCAGUCUUCGCUAUCUGGAUGAAGAACGCGGAUCAAGCAAAGUCACUACCAAGCAAGCUGUGCAUCUUCCAACAUGCGACAAGUCUCGGAGAUGUUGAAAGCCUGAUUGAAUGGAGAGCAAUGAGUGAUGACUCGUGUGACCGCAGACUUCUUCGGAUCAGCUGUGGACUAGAAGACCCAGCGGAUCUCCGCCGGGAUCUUUUGGAAGGUUUCAAAGCACUUUGUCAUCAAGUUCCAAAAAGCGACUGA